AUGGCGCCCGAGCAGAGCUCCAAAGUGUACAGGCUGAGAUAUUUGCCUGCCCACGUGGACCGCCUGGAUACCGCCAAGAUGCUGGUCGGCUGCAUCCCUGGCCUUCAGUUAGAGGAGAUUCAAAUCAGCUCCCUCGCUUCAGCCGUCGAUAGUCGAUCGAGCAAAACGGCAACAGUCAUGUUCAAGUCUACAAUCCAUCUUGGGGACCGAGAACCAAGCAAAAACCAGUGGGACCUACCUGUUUCUGGGCUCCCGGGACCGAUUGUGCUGGACACCCACUUCUAUGGCCUGACACCAUUGAAUGAAGUAGAUGAGAAUAGUCAUACUACCGACUGUGUAGUCAUCUCUGGACUGGGGAGCCACCCUAUGGGGUCCUGGCAGCCAAGGGGUGCAAAAAGCUUCAUGUGGAUUCGCGAUGAAUUGCCAGACUUGCUCCCUGGUGUUAGGUUUAUCAUUUAUGGCUAUGAUACCAAACUUUAUCAAAGCAAAUCAUUCCAGGUUCUUCCCGAUCUCGCGAGAUCAUUUAUCACUAGUCUUCAAGCUGGCGGCUGGCUGUCGAAACCGCUGCUCUUUCUUGCUCACAGUCUUGGUGGUGUUCUAAUGAAGCAGUCCAUUGCUGCAUUGUCCGGAAACCAUAGAGACCAAGAAAUCCUAGACGUCAUGAAAGGGGGUAUCUUUUUCGGUGUGCCAAGUGUAGGUAUGGCCGUGGAUGAUAUCUACAAGAUGCUGGGCGAGCAGCCCAACACGGUACUCCUCGACUGUCUCUCAGAUAGAUCCGACUAUGUGCCGAAGCUGGAAGAGGACUUUGCCUGUGUAUCAUCUUCUCAACGCAUGAGGUUGAUUUGGGCAUAUGAAACGCAGGAGACGCCGAGUCUUUCUGAAUCCGGCAAGUCCUGGAGCCGGACAGGAACGGGCGUUGUUAUGGUCCCGCCAUCGUCAGCUACAGGAGGACGUAUCAAAUCCAAUAUGUUGCCUCCCGGCCCAAUCACCGCAAACGAUGAGAGAAUUCUUCAAAUCGAUGCCGACCAUUCGAACAUGGUCAAAUUCACCAGAGGAGACGAGUUAAUAAGAACUGUGGCCGGCAAAAUGAAGCAAAUCCUGAGCAGCGAUAUUCCAUUUGAAGGCGUGUGCCGGCAAGGCGAGAGCUGUGUCACAUCCAAUGGCGCCCCCAAAUCGACAUCCGCCUUUCGUGUGCGGUGCGAAGAGUUACUUUCUGCUCUAGUUCAAAUCAAUCAUGUCCCAAAUGACACAUCAAAAACAUUUGAAUUUGCAGACGAGGUCUCGGAAUUCCUCGAAUUUAGUGGGAAGAUAAUCAAAAUGGCGAAUCAGAUGAGCCAUCAGAUCUCUAGCACUCGCGCCCAGCUCGCGGGGUGGAUUGACGAUGUUGAGGACCUGCGAUGGCUAUUUGAAGACAUGUGCUCUUCUCCAACAGCACAUAGUACGAGAGUCGUAUCGGUUUUGAAAAGCUGCACAGACUCGUGCUUCAAGACGCUGAACGUACUUGAAAGCACAAGCGUAUCCACGGAGAAGAAUUUCUUCGGCCGCUCACUUAAUCGAGAUUCCCUGAAACGAAUAUUUGGGUUAGGUAACGACAAAGAGGGAGUGAUACGGCAAUGUUUUGAGAAAUUGUCAAGAAGUAGAUCUAUCCUGAUUCUGUCCCUCGAGUUGUUGAUAGCCGACCUGACGUCCGAAAAUUUCCGAAAACUCAAGGAUUUCCUAGAAUUGACAUCCGAAGAGUCAGAGUGUAUUGGAGCUCUCCGCAUUACGGACCCGACCCGUGAUCGCGAAAGCAUCACGACUGACAAGGGAGAAAUUGUCAAGGGGACUUGUAGGUGGCUUCUAUCAACGGCGCAAUUUCAGUCAUGGAUAGAGGAUUCGGGGGUCUCCCGGACACUUUGGAUAUCGGCGCCACCAGGCAUGGGUAAAACCCAUCUCUCCAUCUUUCUAUCUAAACGCUUGCAGCGCCUGUGUGAGGUCCAAAAAGACAGCAUUGCUCUGUUCUUCUUUUGUGACAACAAGGUGGAAACGCGAAAUACGGGGAGCAGCAUACUCCGCGGAUUGAUAUAUCAGUUGACUCAGUACCGCAAAGAACUGAUGCGGAUCCCUCUGCAGCAGUGGAGAAUACAGCCAGAUGUCUUCUCCGGCGCAAACUCGUUCCAAUCUCUUUGGGGAAUGUUCGAGGAUAUGAUGGAAUACUUACCGGAUACUGAGGUCUGCUGCCUGAUUGAUGCGUUGGAUGAAUGUGAAAAGGAAUCAGCGCUGCUGGUAUUGAAGAAGUUUAACAAGCUUAUUGAAGCGAAAUUGACAAUCAAGUUCAUCGCACUAAGCAGGAGACACCCGGAGCAUAUCGCUGAAGCCCUAUUUUCAGCUAUUUCUGUUGAGAUCGAUAGUGAGAUAGCAGCAAAGGACGAUGUCGAACGCUAUAUCAUGGACAGGGUGGGUGAGUUGGCUCAGAAAAAACGGAUCAACAACGAACCAUUGCACGAUAAGAUUAAGGCUGUGUUCCUCGAAAGAGCACAGGAUACGUUUUUAUGGGUCAGUUUCAUGACGCAUGAUCUUCUUCAGAAGACAGUGGUACAAAUCGAAGCGGCACUGGACCAGCUACCGACUGGCCUUGACGCGGUUUACGACCGAAUUCUUGGGCAAGUUGACCCUGGAAAAGCAGAGAUCAUAUCAAAACUGCUGGGCUGGGUCGCACUGGCUGUAAGGCCACUUGCUGUGUCGGAAAUCUGUGAAGCGCUGUAUAUCCAAUCUACGCCCUUCAAUGGGCGUGAACAAGUAUGUCUGGAUUAUAUAAGAGCUUGCGGGCACUUACUUCAAGUCACACAGGUCGAGGCUUGCGCAUUUUGGUUAAUGGACGAAAUGAGAAAUGCAUGUGUAGAUGAUUUUGAGCGCUACCACGACUGGUCAUUGUCGAGGAAUUUCAACUGUCCGCUUGGUCUUUAUGCCGUUUGUUACUGGGAUUAUCAUUUUUUGCAGGUUUCCGACUAUGGGGCAUUUGCCCGGCUGCAUGAGGAUUUCUUCAGUGAGAGAUCGGCUCUCCGAGGAAACUGGUACAUUUGCCGGGGUGGUGUCUAUUUUUCCGGUAAUCAAUUACUGUUGGGCGUCGCGUGCGAGUUCGGCUGGGAGGGUCCAGCGCGGCGGCUGCUGCAAUUGAGGACGGAGCAGUUUGGCAGUCGCGAAGUCGAAGUCUAUGUCAACCAAAAAAUCGGAUACGGCAUGACCGCGCUGCAUUGGGCCUGUGAAUUCGGUCGUCUCAACAUGGUGACGCUCCUGCUUGAAUAUGGGGCAGAUCCUACAAAGAGGGACCGAAGAAAAGUCGCGGUGUUGCAUGAUUACUGUAGUAAGUUCGAUGAGCCAGCCACUUUCGCCCAGAUGAUGGCAAGUAGAGGCGCCAAGGAAGUGCUGGAAGCGGAAGGAGGAGAAAUUCUCUCUAAAGCUGCUCUUUAUAGCCGGGCAAACGUGUGUCGUUUAUUGAUUGAAACCUAUGGGGUGCCCGUCGACGCGAAAGACAGACACGGGGACACAGCACUCGGCAGCGCCCUGCGAACCGGAAACAUGGAACUUGCACACACUUUUGUCAACGAGUGGCGCGCAAGCACUGAUGACCAUUGGCAUCUACUACAAAGCGUCUUGGGGCAGUUUUCAUAUCGUAAUUGUUCCGCUGAUACUGUUUUCCGAAACCUUGUACAGAUCAUCAAGCAGUGGGGCAUCAGCAUCAAUUCGUCGGACCCUGUCUCUGGAAAAGGUCUCGUACAUCAGAGGCUCAUGCUAUACCCGGUUCUGGAUGGAGGACACUUUGUAUCCGCUUUGCGCCUAGAAGAGCUUGAAUUGCUUUUCCGUCUUGGGCUCGAUCUGUCCGCACAAGAUCACUGGGGGAACACCAUCUUGCAUAACAUGUUCUACUCGCUAGACGUGUGUUUUUUGAACAGGACAGAAGGCAUGGAUGUACUCCAGCUUCUUCUGCAAGAUGAGCGCCUCAAUGUCGAUGCCAUGAACGUCGACGGCGAAACGGCUCUGCAUGUAUUUGUUUCCUCCCUCUGGACGAGCAGGACCUAUUAUUAUCAACUAGAAAUCCACAGCAAAGGUUCGUGGCAAAUGGUCAAAAAUUUACUGGACCUGGGCGCCGACCGGAAUUUAAAAAACAAGAAAGGCAAGUCUCCUUUAGGCCUGGCUUACGAAGGUCUAGAUAGCGAGUGGGAAAACUACUCAAGCUCGGGCUCGACAUCUCCAUCGUGUCUUUCAAUCUCGUCGGACGAGGCUGAUAUGGUACACGAAUGCAAGGUGAAUUUAUUUAAUGUUCUGUGCACCUACGCAACAGUCCCUCUGUUUGGUCCCACGCAGGAAAAGGUUGAGGCGGAGACAGCAGAUUCUCAGAAUGGAGAAGAAAAUACUAUCCAAGUAUUGAGCGCAGGAGCCAAAAGCUCUGGCAGAGCGCUACACUAUGUGAGCUCUUUCGUCCACGACCAGAGGGGAAGGUGGUUUGGUCGACGACGCAGGCAGAGGGUACUUGGGAUUCGUGUAUCAAAAGUCACAUCUCCACACACUCUUCGCUGA